AUGAUGAAAAGAAAAGGAAUUGUGCUGCAAAGAGCUAUUCCGGGGAAGAGUAGGCUCUGCGAUAUUGACGAAGAUGAUGAAAUAUGUACUGAUAGUGAUGUUACGGUUUUACUGGUAGAUCUUAACCCUACUUCUCAACCUGUUGCUAUUGCUAUUACAAGCAGUACAAUUAUGGAUUGUGCACAGAACAUAGAAGCUGGAGAUAUUAUGGAAAUCAACAUCCCUAUUCUGUUCGAGAAAAAAGCAGAUGCAGACAAUUUAGCGUUAAAUAAAACUGACAUACAGGUUCUGUCUGAAUUCUGUACUAUAAAAAAAUGGAAGGAGGAAGAAAGAGCUAUAGAAACCUUUAUCACCAAAGUAGAUACUAUGAUUAAAGCCUUAGAACAGCAUUUUGGCAUUGAACCAAAUGAAUUAGGUUAUGUCUUCCACGCAAGAUUUAAUGACCGUGGAAGGCAAUUUACCUCGACUAGUUAUGUUUACAAUGGAGAAAGCUAUUGCACAGCCUAUGUGGUCGCAGAUGAAUUUCGAAUGAAAAUUGUUGAGCCAUCUGUUUGCAAAUCAAUAGCUUGUUUAUUGGCUUCAUACUAUAUUUGGGAUACAAACUAUCCUAAAGCAUACAAGAAUGCAAUGGAAUACAUUGACCAUGAAGUGCUGGGAACAGUAAUGAAAGAAAAUCCAACCAUAGAUAAAUUCAUCAGGGAUCGCGACCGCACCCGACUUCAUGAGUAA